AUGCCUUUUGCUCGCUCCGUUUCUCGUUUGAUCUCCAACCCGGCUUUGAAGGCUAGCCCUGUCAGCCGGGCUGCCCGGACGUUCUCCAGCUCGGCGAGCGCUCAGAGCAAAGUUCUUAUGGUCCUCUACGAGGGCAAGGAACACGCCAAGCAGCAACCUCGUCUUCUCGGUACCGUUGAGAAUGAGCUCGGCAUCCGGAAGUGGCUCGAAGACCAGGGCCACACUCUGGUGACGACUUCCGAUAAGGACGGCCCCAAUUCCAAGUUCGAGAAGGAGCUUGUCGACGCCGAAGUGAUCAUCACCACUCCCUUCCACCCCGGAUAUCUCACUGCGGAGCGCCUUGCCAAGGCCAAGAAAUUGAAGAUUGCCGUCACCGCCGGUAUUGGCUCCGAUCACGUCGAUCUCAAUGCCGCCAACAAGACCAACGGUGGUAUCACCGUGGCUGAGGUGACCGGCUCCAACGUGACCUCCGUGGCCGAGCAUGUUAUGAUGACGAUUCUGACCCUGGUUCGCAACUUCGUCCCCGCCCAUGACCAGAUCCGCAAUGGCGAGUGGGACGUUGCUGCUGUCGCGAAGAACGAAUUCGACCUUGAGAACAAGGUGGUGGGAACCGUCGGUGUUGGCCGUAUUGGCGAGCGUGUCCUUCGUCGUCUGAAGCCCUUCGACUGCAAGGAGCUUCUCUACUACGACUACCAGGCACUGAGCCCUGAGGUCGAGAAGGAGAUCGGCUGCCGCCGUGUCGCAGACCUUGCCGACAUGGUUUCCCAGUGUGACAUCGUUACCAUUAACUGUCCUCUCCACGAAAGCACCCAGGGCCUCUUCAACAAGGAGCUCAUCGCCAAGAUGAAGCCUGGCUCGUGGCUCGUGAACACCGCCCGUGGUGCUAUUGUUGUCAAGGAGGAUGUCGCUGAGGCCCUCAAGUCCGGCCACCUUCGCGGAUACGGUGGUGAUGUCUGGUUCCCUCAGCCCGCUCCCAAGGAUCACCCUCUCCGCUACGCCGAGCACCCAUGGGGCGGCGGUAACGCCAUGGUCCCUCACAUGUCUGGUACUUCGAUCGAUGCUCAGGUCCGCUAUGCCGAGGGUACGAAGAACAUUCUGGACAGCUAUUUCUCCGGCCGUGAGGACUACCGCCCUCAGGACCUGAUCGUCCACAAGGGUGAUUACGCCACCAAGGCCUAUGGUCAGCGCAAGUAA